AUGGUCGGCUCUCCUCCCAGUUCCACAGAACUACCGAAUAGCUCUGGGGCAAUGAUUUCUGAACCAGACAAAGCCCAUGCUCCCAGUUUACCAAUCGAAGAAACUAAAUCACCUAUCUUGCCGGAAACUUCGCUACAGCCGUCCAAAGCCUCUCCAAUGCAAGUUGCUCAAAAAGAAAGCAGUUCGGGAUUCAUGUUACUUAGUGUGAAACACCACUCCAGCAAAAGAAGUGACAGAUACCCCUGUUACUCUCAAGCAUCUGCUCUUGAACCAUGCCUCGAUGACAGCUGUAUAGCUAGGUCCUCUCCGGACCUGAACCACAGGGGAGCUCGUGGAAAUAGCUGCGAGUACGGGCGCAGCCAGUUCACGUCCACAGCGUCCUUAGAAGCCGAGGAGUAUGAUGACGAAGAGGAUGGUACCAGCAGCCACUCUGAGCCAAACGAGAGUGCUUUAGGCGCAGAUGUCCCUUUGUCUAACGUCAGGAAGUCAUCCUUGGUUUAUCCCCACUCCGACCUGGUACAAAUUGCGCAGGUGGGUACUACUUUAAAACCUUAUCCGGGGUUCGUAUCUAGGUCAGAAAUUACUAGUAUAAUAUGAUCUUUUAUUUUUAAAAAUUCCAAACUAGGUGUAAUGGUCCUUACUCACGCUCAGAUAGCAUAUUUACGGCCAAUAAACCUUUGCUGUGAUACCCGAGGUCCUUUUAUGUCCUCUAGAUCUAGAACGACAUCAUCGCUUGCGUACACACGACAAACCACUAGUCCUGAAUACGUUCCGCCGCAGAUAGCAUAGUAGACGAGUCCUCACCUAAAUACCGUCUUUGGCUUGUUCACGUGACUUGCUUCAAGUAGUUGUGCAUGCAUCUUAUCACACCCAAUCCCCAUUGCUGGACUGGUCCUACAUAAGUGAGCACCGUGAACUCUGGUUGCAUGAUCUUGUCAAGACAGGUUAAGUCACUUUCAUGUUCUGUUAUGUGCAUAGUACCGUUUGCAUAGUCUUUCAUUUUUAUUCAGGCAAAGCGCUUGGGAUAUAUAAAUGGGCGGUUGAGUACUCCCCAGUCCGCGGGCCUGCUAACUCCUGUUGCUGUUUCCACCUUCCCAAGUGAUCUGGCGGGACAAAAUAUACAAUCUGAUGGAUGGACUGUUUCCAACAACGCCCUCCUUCCUGGCGUACGAGCAACUAUGAGCACCCCAGGUGCCCAUACUUCAGACUGUACGCCACUGCCUUUGAAUGUUCAAACUCCCCAACCAGUCGACCGCCGUCCCCCUGCAGAUCGUCAAUCAGACCUUACUCCCGAGGAAGUUGAAGGACCUUCUAACCUUCCCUGUACGAGGCAGCUACUGCGCCCUUCCACGAUGGAUGCCGACACUCCCUGUAACAUAAAUCCCUCAGAGCCCCUACCAACUGAUUACCAGAGUUUUAGUAACAUUCCCUCCAACAUUUGUGUUAAGUCCUCUGUGCCAAAUCAAAAGACAGAGUCACCAAUUCCACGAGAUUUUGUCCCCCAAACCCUACCGAUUACUUCCUCCAUGCAAUCAGUCAUUCAAGAGACGAGUGAAACCACCAAUGAGCCCCUGCGACCCGCAUCGGAUACGCAAAAUGCCCGUUCAAUUUUUUCGGCCCUUUCGGUUCUCCUACAGCCAGCGUCUCGUUUUCGAAAGACUCGGAUAAGGGAAACCGUGGAGCAGUGGAACUCAAACCGACUAUGCUUGCACGACUGUCGCCUUAAAGCCGUCCCCGACUGGGUUUCCGACUUGUCAGCAAAGCCAGAUGCUUUCUCUCAAGACCGUAUCAUCAUCGAGCAAGGGCGAUGCGUUUACUGCUUCGUCCCUAGCGGCGCUGGUAAGUCUGCACAACUGUUACUCUCAUUAUUUCUCCUUGUACGCAGGCCUGAUACAAUACUUUUACCCCGUAGGUAGCCAAUGUGCUAAAAAACAGCACCGAGUGAGCAGUCGCUUGUCACCAGCUAACGAGGGGGUGGCGGCUAAUCAAGAGCCAUCUAAACCUCUGUCAGAGAGUGCCUUCACCCAUCAUUCGCUUAUCUCGGGCUUUCUCCAAGCUGCUGCGGCUGCCUACCAGACGUGUUCCAUGCAGGGCUACAACACGAGAAGCCUAACUUCCGCCUGGGACAAUGGUCUUCGAGUCCCCAGCUCAAUCCCUCCAGGCCACCUCGGCCUGCCGCGUAGGCCAUUAAUUGGUAAACACAUCAGAGGCAGGGCCUCUUCCGGUAGCGAGCCCCCAAAUGUUGCUGCUGCCUUCCAUCAUAACGAGGAAGAGGAUGCCGUGGCAGGGCCUUCCAAUCCUACCAGUUUUACCCCUGGUCACCAGUCCGAUCUCACCGAGAUGUUUGAGGGCAGGUCUACUGCGACUCUUCACCUCGGAAUCGCUUCGACCUCAACGGAUACGGCCUCCGCACAGUCCUCCGAGGAGUUAGAAAGUGCAACACAUAUGCGAGUUACCAAAGGUGGGACCGCCAAGAUAACUGACCCAUCUGCCGCUUACUUGCGUCGUUAUGCGAGUGAAAGGCAACCAUCACAGUUCGGCUCGGACGACCAGAUUUGCUCGCUUGAUACCAAAGACCCAACACAUACGAACUUUUUGGGACGGGCAUCGUCGUUGGGACCCGACUUUGAUGCCCACCGGCCCCAACCCAGCAUUACCGCGGACGAGGAUGUAGCCGAGCUCGCUGAGAAGUCAAAUAUAUCUGAAAAUCAAUUUGCACCACCGGCCAGUCCAGUUGGAGGGUCAAGAACCGCUCAGUUACCCUCCACUUCGGCGGGCACUACUGGAACUGCUGAAAAGAAUACUGAUGAACCUUUCAAAUUCCCAUACGCACGCAUCCAGCCUGUGCUGUCCGAGUUCUUGGAGAAGGAGGGUGCUCCGUUACUGGAUAUCAAAAAAUUGCUUUGUAAGGGAGACUCGCUGCAUGGCCGGUCAAACUUGACUCAGGCAGUUCUUGCCUCUCUUACUGGAUCCUCUUCGUCACCUACGUUGCCAGCAAACUUCGGGCUCCCUCCUGAUAAGGUUGCUGUAGAUGCAUUGGAGCCGACUCGAAGUCAAGAGUUCUCUCAAAGUCGCUUUAGGCCAUGCCAGGACUCAGAGUCUUCUGAUACCGUACCGAAAGCUCAAUCAUCAAGUGGGUGCGACAAUGCUAACAUAGUUGCCAUAGACCGCGUUCAGUCCGAAAAUAAAAUCGCGUAA